UAUAUCUUCAACUACCAAAGCAAAACUAGGAGAGCUUUAGAAACUAAGAUGGACAACCCAUAUUUCUGUCUUCUCCUCUUGUUAGCAUUCUCUUGUUUCUCCACCAGGGUCCUCUCAUGGCGCCAUGACCAGCAAUACAAUGAAGGCAAGAACUAUGAAGGUUCCUCCGACCUCAUAAACCUAGAGUACCACAUGGGUCCUGUCCUGGCUUCCCCCAUCAAGCUCUAUAUCAUAUGGUAUGGCCAUUGGAACCCAAACCACCAAGCCAUCAUAAGAGACUUUCUUGUUUCACUCUCCACUUCCUCUUCUUUCCCCUCUGCUGCAGAUUGGUGGCGCACUGUCCGCCUCUACACCGAUCAAACAGGCGCAAACAUCACCGGAAAUAUUGUCCUCUCAGGCGAGUACAAUGAUUAUAUAUACUCCCAUGGUACCACCCUGAGUCGCUUGGCGAUGCAAUCCAUCAUCAGGACAGCCGUGACCGCCUACGGUGGGAUACCUCUCAAUCCUUACAGUGGCCUCUACUUGGUGUUGACAUCCUCAGAUGUCCGGGUGGAAGAUUUCUGUAGGGCAGUCUGUGGCUUCCACUAUUUCACCUUUCCGGCCAUUGUUGGUGUCACUGUGCCAUAUGCAUGGGUUGGGUACAGUGGUACCCAAUGUCCAGGGAUGUGUGCAUACCCAUUUGCCUGGCCCAACUAUUCAGGCAGGCCACCGAGCAAUGGGGCCAACAACAUAAUGGGAGCUCCAAAUGGAGAUGUGGGUGUGGAUGGAAUGAUCAGUGUCAUUGCACAUGAGCUUGCAGAAGUGUCAAGUAACCCACUUGUGAAUGCAUGGUAUGCCGGUGAUGACCCUACAGCUCCUACCGAGAUUGCUGAUUUAUGUGUCGGUGUGUAUGGCUCUGGAGGGGGUGGAGGAUAUGCCGGCAAGGUCUACAGGGACAACUGGGGCAAUGGGUACAAUUUGAAUGGUGUGAGAGGAAGGAAGUUCCUGGUGCAAUGGGUAUGGAACCCUGUCAGAAAGAGAUGCUUUGGGCCCAAUGCCAUGGAUUAGAAAUUAGGUAAGCUGAUUGUAUUGGUUCUGGAUGCAUAAGCAUCCUAUAAACUAGAAUAUCCUACCUUCUGUUCAUCUGUCUUUCUCAUCAACUUUCAGAAAGCAUGGAUCACAAGGAGUCAAAAGAGAUGGAUUUGGGGAUUGUUCAGACUUCAGAGGGAUGGGCUCUUACUCUUUUAGCCUUUUUCUUAGUAUGUCUUGUACAAAAAGUCUCUUCUGUGUUCUUGGUUUUAUUAGUAAAAAUGUUCAAAGGUUAAUAGUUCAUAAAUGACAGAUCAGUUCAUUUUAUUGUUUGAAA